AACGUUAAAUUUUGUUGGCCAUAAAUAACCAUUUCACACAUCUAAACGAAAAAUUGAUUCAAAAAUUGAUAAUCUUUUCCGUAAAUCUUCGCAAUAUGAGAUAAUGUAGUUUAGAGAUAAAUCGCAAAUUCUAAUCCGUAGUACAUUAUUACAGGCCAUUUAUCAACCGAACUAUAGUCUACACAAAGCGACCAUAUUCUUACAUUCAAAUCGCUAUAGAUUCAUAUCAAUAUAUAAUGACAAAUCUAUAAGGAACUUGUUUUGAAAACAACGAUUAAAGGCAACUUCUAGAAUACUGGAGAAUUAGGUUGGUUUCAAAAUGAAUUAGACAGCGAGCAACAAGUAAAAUGGAUACGGGACGAGUUGGAGCAUGCCAUAAACUUGAAAACAAGAGAAGAAAAUUCCUUAUUGUUAUAAAUGACGUUGUCAAGAAUAAAUAUGAUGUGUACGCGGAAUAUCUUGAUCACGCACACUCAGAAAUUGAGCAUAAUUUUGAGAAAUCAAAAAUGUUUGUACGACGCGCAUUAGUAAGACAGAAAGUGCUCCAAAAAUGCAUGAAAAUGCGGAGAAGAAACGUCGAGGAAAAUAGAACAGUAUUUGGACGGUAUGGAGGAAAACCUAUCGAAGCAUUCGGUAAAGACAUCGAAAGCUUUAUCGCUUAUAACCAUCCGAAAAUGAGACGAAAACGAUAUUUACAGAAACUAUUGCACGAAAGUUUAGAUAAAGGUGCCAUACUUAAACCCAACGUUGUUGAAGAUCGAGUUGCAGGAUGGAUGGAAAGAUCGUAUACAAAAUACAAAUUGAGGAAAGCUAAACGAGAGAAAA